AUGUCCGAAAGAGGUUCGUUCCGUGGAGGUGCCCGCGGCCGCGGCGGAGGUUACGACCGCGCUGGUCGUGGCGCCCAUAAGAGUGGCGGUGCGGGUGGCGGUGCCCAGCAGCAGCAGGAGAAGCCCAAGAAGGAGAACAUCCUCGACCUCAACAAGUACAUGGACAAGGAGGUGCGCGUCAAGUUCAACGGUGGCCGCGAGGUUACGGGUCUGCUGAAGGGGUACGACCAGCUCAUGAACCUGGUCCUAGAUGAUGUCAAGGAAGGCAUGCGCGAUGAUGAGGGCAAUGAGAACACUCGCUCGCUCGGUCUGAUUGUGGCCCGUGGCACUCUGAUUGUCUUGAUCUCGCCCGCCGACGGCAGCGAGGAAAUCGCCAAUCCUUUUGUGCAGCCCGAAGAGUAA